AUGUUGGCCUCCACCAGUCCUAGUACAGGAAAUGGUACAAUACCAACUCCACCCAUGUCUUCGUCUAUGAGUUUGCAGACACCAUCUUCGAUCUCUUCAUCCUAUUCAAUGGGUCCUCCUUCCGUGGCUCCCGCAGGUUUCAUAAUGCGCAAUGGCCAGUCAUCUACUUGCAUGAUGCAGCAGCAUCAUCACCAACAACAGCAACAACUACAGACAUCUGAUUCUGUGAUGGAGGCUCAGUCUCAUUCUGGUGUCCCAGUUCCAAUACAACGACUUCAGACACUUUCCGGCCAGGGCAUAUCAAUGCCGAUCCAUUCGGUUAUGCAACAACCACAGGCGCAGUCACAGCAGCAUCAGCAACAAUACGUGAUGUCUCAGACACCCGUACAACGUCAAAUGGUUGUCGGUAAUGAUUGCCAGCAGCCAGUUGGACCCCCCAUGCAACCAGUUGCCAAUUCUAUGCUCGCUACUACAUCCACCAUUGUAGGCUCUUCCAUAACCACAACCACUGCCGUGCCAGGCCUUGCUUCCCCAGCCAAUCCGAACUUGAACAAUUCCUCCGUCCCUGCUGGCAUUCAGACGACUGUGAGCAAUGCCAACAAUGUGCAGUAUAAUCACUCUGUCAUGGCGUUGGGCAAUGUUCAUUCACAGCCUCAACAACCCACCUGGCGUCAGCAGCAGCCUGCUCACGGGGCUUCUAUGUCUAUGAUGCCUGGACAGACUCCGGCAAAUACUGUCUCAAUGGAAGACGUAAGAAUGGUGCAGCAGAUGUAUGCAAGCUCCCAGCAGAGAAAUGCUCCUUCUGAGGUAAGCUAUUAA